CACAAAAGCCGCAAAAUGACAUAGCUAGGGACGAGGAAUACUGCUCUCUCCAAUAUUGUUAUAAUCUGUAACGCAUUUCCUCUCCUCAAACAGUUUUGUCGUUUAAGGACUCUCUUUCACAAAAAAUUGUCUCUUUGUUGUAUCAGCGCGUGAAUUUUGGUAUGCCUCCCGAGCUCCAUCACCGCUCAUCCGGUGAUGCACCAGCAAUAUCACAACCACAACCACAACCACCGCGACCAAAAGCGAAGCAAAAGGUUUUUUCUUUAAUAUUGAAGGCUAUAAUCAUGACCUUCAUUACCUCCAAUUUCUUCUUGCUUCUGGGUUUGGUUUCUCUUCUUCUUUUCAACAUCCUCCUCGCCACUGCUGCUCUCCGCCACCGCGGCAGCCGUGUCCAGCAUUUCCACCAAGACAAUCCAUCAAAUGGGUUCUGUCCAAAACACCUGAAGAAGCUUCCCCAGUUCAAGUUUUUGAAUGGACGAGAUUGCGAAUGUGUGGUUUGUUUGGAUGGAAUUAGACAAGGGCAAUGGUGCAGGAGACUUGUAAAUUGCGGUCACGUCUUCCAUAGGAAGUGUGUGGAUGCGUGGCUGCUGAAGGCCGCUACAUGUCCAAUCUGUAGGACCCGGGUUCGAUUGGAUGGGGAAGGAGGAGGAGAAGCAAGUAGCAAAUGCACUCUUGGUCGGAGCAAUUUGAGAGUAUGUUAGAUUUUGCAAGGUAAGUCUUUAUGUAUUAUAUGUAAUAUAGCUUCCCUCUUGUUUCCCCUUCCUUUUGGGGAAGGAAUAAUUUUGAUUGUCAAUUAUGAAGUCUAGAACCCAUUCUCUUUUUCAAUUUUGGUGAUAUAAUUUCGCAUGUGGGAACUCUCCUAGCUGAUUCCAACUAAUUUUAUGAUGGAUUCAUGUGGCAGCCCCAAAUUGUUCGGGAUUUA